AUGAUCUGCCCCAAAACCCUCCGUUUGCAUCAAAUUCGCACACUCUUAAACCCUAAUUUACACAGUGAAACCCACUUGAUUCCUUUCAUCAAUACCAAAUCAUCGUCACCCAGUUCUAUUUUUAGCCGGAGCGUAUCGCUUUCUUCUCAAUUCCAACACAAAUUCGCUACGCAAGAAGCGAAUGGGAAGUCAAAGAAACCGUUGGAAAUCCUUUUCGCAGAAGAAGUUGGGUUAUCUAAAGCAGACAUUGAAAACAGUGAAGAUGAAAAGGGAAAGCUCAAGAAAAGUUUGAGAAAAUUGGAGGUGGAAUUGGGAAGAUAUAAAAAAGAUUCAACGAAAGAAACAAAGUCUUUAUCAAGUAUAUUUUCGAAGCCACUAGACACCCUUUUCACAGAAGCAGUCGGAUUAUCAAAAACGGAGACAAAGAAAGUAGAGGAAUCAAUGGAAUUGAAGAAGCUAUCGCCAGAUAUGGCUAUGUUCGCUAAUUUUUUGCAUUCAAAAGGGUACUUGUCGAAUGCAAAUUUUCUCCUAAACAACAAAUUCGAUGUUUCUUGUUUUGAGAACAAUUAUGGCCGAGAUUUCUUGAAGUUUGCAGCUGAAAAGUUUGCCAAAGAUCAUCGAGACAUCUACAGGUGGUUGUCAAAUGGUGAUUUGAAAAAGGUUGCUCAAUUCGGAUGCCCUUCCCUUGGUAGAAAGAAUGUUUUUUCCUCCAAAGCCAUGCGCCAUUCUUUUGGGAUUCAAGAAGAAACCGUAUGUAGCAAAUGCGCGUUAAAAGAUUCGUGCAAAUUUGUUAACCAAAGCGUAUGGAAAAAGGGAGCGAAAAAUGUUGACUGA